UAUAGAACAUGACUGUCGGGAUUAAUUAUAAGCUUUUUUCUAUACCUUUAAACGGAAAAUUUAUCAGCAUUAAAAUGAAAGGAAUUUCUUUGUUUUUCUGUUUUUCUCUUUUCUUGAUUGUCUCUUGUAUAAGAGAAGCCGAGUCAGCUUCUCAAGCAAAAAACGAUGACAUUUAUAUCGUUUAUAUGGGUGCUGAUGCUUCAUCUAACGGUGGUACCAGACAUGAUCAAGCGCAGCUUAUCAGCUCAUUGAUUAAAAGAAACAAGAAUACAGUGGUACACAGCUACGAGAAUGGUUUCUCAGGAUUUGCGGCACGUUUAUCAGAAGCUGAAGCCCAAUCUAUUGCUCAAAGACCUGGAGUUGUCUCUGUUUUCCCUGAUCCAGUGCUGCAACUCCACACUACACGUUCAUGGGAUUUCUUGAAGUAUCAAACAGUUGACGAAAUCAAUUCAAGUCCAAGCUCUGGUUCUGAUUCAUCACCAAAUGGAGCUGACACCAUAAUUGGAAUCUUGGAUACGGGAAUAUGGCCAGAAUCAGAGAGUUUCAAUGACAAGGGUAUGAGUCCAAUUCCAACCCGGUGGAAAGGAACUUGCAUGGAUGGUCAUGAUUUUGGCGCUUCCAAAUGCAACAAGAAGAUAGUUGGUGCAAGAUUUUACGAGGAGUUUGAUGGCAGAGGAACGAAAAUGGCUGGAUCAGCCAGGGACGAGAAUGGACAUGGUACUCACGUUGCAUCCACAGCAGCUGGGAGCGCUGUUGCAGGUGCAUCCUACUAUGGUCUAGCUGCAGGAACUGCUAAGGGUGGAUCUCCAGGUUCAAGAAUCGCUGUGUAUCGUGUCUGCACGUCUAAUGGAUGCCGUGGAUCAGCUAUCAUGAAAGCAUUUGAUGAUGCAAUUGCAGAUGGGGUUGAUGUUUUAUCUCUAUCACUUGGUUCAUCACCUGGACUUGAAGAGUUAUCAAAAAAUCCUAUUGCCAUAGGAGCAUUUCAUGCCGUGGAAAAGGGAAUUGUUGUUGUCUGUUCUGCUGGAAAUAGUGGCCCUGAUCCCAAAACUGUUGUCAAUACAGCUCCUUGGAUUCUUACAGUUGCAGCCACCACCAUUGACCGUGACUUCGAGACAGAUAUUAUCUUAGGUGGAAACAAGCUGAUUAAGGGUGGAGGUAUAAACUUUGGUAAUAUGACAAAAUCUCCCGUCUACCCAUUGAUUAAAGGCAAUUCAGCUAAACUAAACAAGCGCAUUACUGAGGAAGAGGCAAGGGGUUGCGUUCCUGAUUCAUUAGACAAAAACAAGGUCAAGGGCAAAAUUGUUGUAUGUGAAAACCUUCAGAAUGAUGGAUUUUCACCCAGUGACAGGCUACUCGAAGUGAAAAGCCGAGGUGGAGUUGGAUUUAUACUAAUAGAUGAUGAUCUAAGAACAGUGGCACCCAAAUUCGAAUCGUUCCCAGCAGCUGUAAUCUCUAGAAAAGAUGGUACUGAAAUCCUCUCCUACAUCAAAUCCACAAGAAAAUCAAAAUCCCUGAAAAACCCAACACUUGACAAUGGAAAACCAAAUAGGCAUGCAAAUCCAACAAAGAAGCCAAGGAAUCCAGUUGCAUCAAUUCUACCAACUGUUUCCACAACUAAGUAUAAACCAGCUCCUGUUGUGCCUUACUUCUCAUCAAGGGGCCCUGCAGCAAACACCCCUAACCUCCUCAAACCAGAUAUUACAGCACCAGGGGUAACAAUUCUUGCUGCUUGGCCUGGAAAUAAACAACCAAUGUUCAACAUACUCUCAGGUACUUCCAUGUCCUGCCCUCACGUUUCCGGCAUUGCUGCAACUGUCAAGGCGCAAAAUCCCACCUGGGGUCCUUCCGCUAUCAAAUCAGCUAUUAUGACCACUGCUAUUCAGACAAACAAUUUGAAGGCUCCAAUCACUACAAACUUUGGAUCCAAGGCAACACCAUAUGACAUAGGUUCUGGAGAAGCAAGCACUUCACGUCCAUUAAAACCAGGUCUAGUCUACGCGACAGAUGUCGCCGACUACGUGCAUUUCCUCUGUUCUGUUGGCUAUGACAUAUCAAAGAUAAAGCUGAUCUCAAGUACAGUUCCUAAUGACUUUUCAUGCCCAAAAAACUCAAGCUCUGAAUUGGUUUCUAAUAUGAAUUACCCAUCAAUUGCUAUUUCUGGUCUCAAAAAGUAUAAAACCAAGAAAGUUACUAGAACUGUUACUAAUGUUGGAGAAGAAGCAUCGGUAUAUACUGCGAUUGUUGAGGCACCAACUGGAUUGCGAGUCCAAGUGAUUCCAAGUAAACUGGAAUUUACAAAUAAUAGUAAGAAAUUAAGCUAUGAAGUGUCUUUUAGAGCUUCAUCUACUACAAAGGAAGACAUGUUUGGCUCAAUUACUUGGACAAAUGGUAAUUACAAAGUCCGAAGCCCAUUUGUUGUAAGUAACAGUGACUAACAUAAGUCCAUUGCUAACAUUUUCAGACCUGUAGACUAUUAAAUGGUCAAGAAAGUUUGUAUGCAAUGUCAUACAUGCAUAAAGGCAAUUGUGUUAGUAACACAUCAAUGUAACUUUAUUAGUAAUCUUGGAGUAUUUAUUUGAGAACUGUAGGCUACUAAUUAGUAAUCUAGAAAGUUUGUAUGUUAUAGUA